GAAAUGAUGUGAUGACGAAUUCAUUAUCAUUGAACGUAUAAAUUUGUUUUGCAACGCGUAGCACAGUUUAUUCUUCGAACGUCAGUGAGAGUGGUUUUAGCCCGACCGUGACUUGUGAAGUGUAGUUAAAACAAUUAAAUUAUAAUGGAGUUUCCACACCUAGGACGAAAUUGUGCUUUCAGCACCUGUAAUAGAUUGGAUUUCCUGCCCAUGAAAUGUGGGGCUUGUCUAGAAUCAUUCUGUUCAGACCACUUUGCCUACACAAACCAUGAUUGCCCCGCACCCAACACUCGAGAUGUCCAAGUACCUGAAUGUCCUCUCUGCGGGGCGCCAGUCCCGGGGAAGAGAGGAGAGCGACCGGAUGUGGCCGUCAGCGAACACAUAGACAACCAAUGCCAGUCGGACCCGGCUAAAGAGAGGAGAAAAAAGGUAUACAUAAACCGCUGCGCCUACAAAGGCUGCAAGACGAAAGAGAUGGUCCCCAUAACGUGCGGGGAGUGCACUCUGAACUACUGCCUCAAGCACCGACACACGGCGGACCACGCCUGCGAGGGCCCGCUCGCGGCCAAACGGAAACGCGCCGCCGAAGCAGCCAUGGCUCGGUUACAAGGGGGCCAGGCGAGCAAGCUCCAGUUCCAGACGCCGGUGGCGAGCGACGCGGGCCGAACGCACGUCGCCACUCUACAAGACGUGCAGGGCAAUAUGUCGGAGGAUGAAGCCCUAGCGCGCGCCCUGUCCCUGUCGCUGCAGAGCGCGGCGCUGGGCGGCGGCGACGUGGCCGUCGCGAGAGCCCUGGCGCGCCGCGUCGGAGGUGAGCAGAACUCGCGCUGCACCGUCUCAUAGGAGGCCUUAUGCAUCCCCAACUUAGAGACUUAAUACAUCUCCAAUAAAACGCAACUAGCUUAAUUAAAAUGGGUAUGGGGAUCGUGGAGAACAGAACUUGUACAAUUUCUAACAGUGCACAACUUGUAGGAGACCUAAUAUAUCUCCAAGUAGGAGACUUAAUGCAUCUCCAAUAGGACGCGACUAGCUUAAUUAACAUGGUAACGUAUUGUGGAGAAAAUAACUUGUACAGUUUCUAGGACCCCUAAUAUAUCCCCAACAACCGUGCACAAUUUUUAGAAGACCUAAUACAUCCAUGAGAAGACUAACUAGCUUAUAUUAAAGAAAGCCAGAGCGAUAUUCGAAAGACUCAUAUUAAUGUAUUUAAAGGGUCGAAAUGGCCUCCUAGAAAUUUACUUAUGAGCGUAUUAUAAAAGAUUCACUGAUUUGUCAAAUGUAGCCCGGUAGGUACAAUGAAAAGUUUUAAAAAGCGACUAAAAUGACCAGUCUCUUAUGAGAUAUUUUAUGAAUUUCUUGUUCAUCCAAUACGCAUGUGCUACUAUUAUUAAUAUGUAUUAUAAUAUUGUCACAAAUACCUAUAUGUAUAUAAUAAAUUAAGAGAUCAACUGACUAACUGGGUGCGUAGCCAAAGUGACAAUCGUUUACGCUCCAUAAUCACAAAACAUUUACCUUGUUACCUUGGCUAGGCCGCCUGGUACGCUUGACAACGUUCUACGUCAUAUUGUUCGAUUAUAUUUGCAAAAAAUAAUAGCAAAAAGGGUGUGCUAAUAUAAAUAAACCUAAGUAUGUAUCUUAUGUAUGUACCAUGUGCUUGUGAUUAUUAUUACUUAUAUGUAAAAACAUCACUAUUGUAACUGAGAAUAAAUAUGUUGUUUUCAAGCAAAAGUUACCUUUAUCUCGUUUAAUAAAGACACUUGAAAAAAUAUACGAGUAAGUUUCGUCCUUAUUAUAACCGAUGAUGUGGUACCUUUUACUCUGGAACUUACAAAUUGUAACCUAAAUAUCUAUGCUUUAUAAAAAUAUUAUGUAUUGUUGAAUUUGAUCUAUUUUACGAUGUUUCAAGAUACGCCACUAAACUUGUACCUAUUGUAAAGCGCAGAAAUCGGAUCGAGCAAUAAAAAAUUUUGUGUUGCGUAUCUUAGGAGAUCUAAAAGGCCCCUAACGCUUAGCUUUGGCUGUUCUAUGACAUUUUCGCUUACGUUAAUAAUUAUUGCAAUGUCCAGUUAUAAAAAUACUAACCUUUUGGGCCGUUAUCCCACAGUAUGUGUACCUAUUAUUAAAAUUCAUGAUUGUCCAAUUAAUUUCAGAUCAAAUGUAUGCAUUAUCAAAUUACUAGCUUUUGCCCGCGACUUCGCUCGUGUUAGAAAGAGACAAAAGUUGCCUAAGAUGUCACUCUCCACCCCUUCAACUAUCUCCACUUAAAAUAUCACGUCAAUUCGUCGCUCUCUUUUGCCGUGAAAGACGGACAAACAAACAGACACACACACACUUUCCCAUUUAUAAUAUUAGUAUGGAUUUUUAAAUGCCUAUACCUACUAUAAAUUUCAGUAUAGCCUUGCACUUAAAUUAAUACUCGUAGUCGUUGCAUUUUUGAAACAUUAGUUCAGAAUAAUUAUACUGAGAGUUUCCGACCGACUAGUAACAGACUAUUAAAUAACAAUUAUUCAUUCAUUAAAAAAAAA